AUGUCAUCAGACUCCAGCGCCCCUCCGGUGCGGCUCCGGUAUACCCCACGGACGCCGAUUGAAGGAGGUCCUGUGGAUGUGGUAGUGAGCAGGGAUAAGCCGAUCCAGUUGUAUGUUGAUAAAGUACUAGAGGCUAUCGUGGAGAAGCAGAAGUCGAAGGUAGCGGUCAGAGGGAUGGGCCGGGCAUGUGGGCGUAUAGCUGAGCGAGUGGCGAAGUAUGCAUUACGUCGGUUACCGUCAGGCCAUGGUUUCCGGUACACCAUCACGACCAGCGAGGCGGCGGAUGCCGGGGUCAGAUCGCAAGAGUUUGUACUGGAGUUCGACCCUGAGGUGGGCAAGGAUGUCGUCGAGCUGAUGAUGUUCCUCAAUGUGAUUCCAGCGGUACUGAACAGUUGA